AUGAACUCGCCUAAGUCAUCCAAACAAUCAACUGAAGCGUCAAAUCAAAGUAUUGUUUCGGAACGUUCGCAAAGUGAAGUUCUCACACCAGUUGAAGUACUGGCCAAUCUGUCAUUGGAAUCAGCUGAAUCCAAAUUGAACAAAGCCGCUCGCUCUCAAACUGAACGUCCACCAAAAAAACGACGCUUUGAUACAUACUCGGUUGUACCUGAUUCGGCUGUACUGAUGCCAAUUCGGCGUCCGAACACAUAUGGUACUGUUGGUACAGCUAUUGAAAUAUACACUAAUCAUUUUCCCGUUUCCAUUGAUGAUGCAAUCAUCAAUCAAUACGAUAUUGAAAUAGUUAUGAUACGUCAAGGACGACAGCCGUGUCCAGCAAAGAAAAACGAACGUUGGGAAGUACUACAGACAUUGCGUAGACAAAAAAAGAAUUUUCCUAUUGUUUGGUAUGAUGAAGGUAAAAAUUUAUAUACAAGAGAAUUACUAACAGAUUUUACGCAACCAUGUCAAGUUAAAUUAAUGAUUAAUAAUCAAGAGAAAUAUUUUAAAUUUACAGUAGUUAAUCUUGUACGACAAGAAAAAAUCGGAAGUAUUUUCGAUUUUAUCAAGGGAAGAACGACAAUACGGCCACGUGAUCCCAUUCGAAUUAUAGAAACUUUGUUCAAACAAAAUGUACAUGAUAAAUACAUUUGUGUACGAAAUAAAUACUAUGAUCGACGUCAACAAUUACUUGAUCUCAAGGAUGGACGAGGUUUGGCAAGUGGUUUUCAUCAAGCACUUUGUUUAACUCAUGGUGGUCCUACAAUCAAUGUCAAUUUGGCAUUUACAUGUUUCUAUCAACCGCUGAAUUUUGUUGACUUUGCUUGCAGAUAUUUACGCCAAGACAUUAAACAGGGAGUAAACGAAGCUCAACUCAUAGGCAUGGAAAAACUUUUUCGGAAUAUACCAGUGAAAACUAUUCAUGCCGGACGUCCUAUUCAAUAUCGAUUGAAACGCUUUGGUCUACCAGCCAAUCAACUGACCUUUGAUCUAAGACGUGACGAUGAUUCAGCUAGUGCAUCAUUGAAAAAAGAAAUUACAGUAGCGGAUUAUUUUGCAAAAAAAUACAAAAAAUUAAACUAUCCUAAUUUACCAUGUAUCGAUGCGAGAAACGGAGAAGAAGAACGAGCACAAUGGCUACCUAUGGAAGUCGUUCAAAUUGUCGAAUGGGAACGUGCUAUGAGACCAUUGGACAGUGUACAACAAGCUUUAGUAGCGAAAAAAGCGAUUAUUAAACCUGAUCAACGCUAUAAUCAAAUUAUGGAUAUUAUAAAUCAACGCAAUUUCAAUAAUGAUCCGUAUUUACCAGCACUUAAUAUUAAAGUUGACGCUGGGGAGAUGUUGAAAAUUCGCGCUCGCAUUUUACCACCACCUCAAAUAACAUAUCGAAACCAAGGCAAUCAGAAUGUUGUCGAACAGGUUUCACUAGGAAAAUGGAAAAUUCGACAUCAAUUUUGUUCAACAUCAAAUAUAAAUAAGUGGGGUAUGGUUUAUUUUGGUGCGAAACCUGACCAAUAUAUAAUGGAUAUUUUAAAAAAUUUCGAAAAACAAUUACCAUUGCUACUACAAAAAUAUGGCAUUAAAAUCAACCCAUAUCUAAAGUCGAUUGCCAAGCCGAGUCGAAAAAAUGAUGUUGAUGAAGCAUUUAAAACUAUUCACAGUGAAGAUUGGCAAUUGGCCAUUGUCAUUCUAAAUACAACAGAUCCAGUCUAUAAUUAUGUGAAAAAAUUGGGCAAUCAAAAACUUGGUUUAAUAACUCAAUGUACUAGUUUUCAAGCAAUAGAAAGAAAUUCAGAAAAACUUCAUAUGUAUGUGGAAAACUUAAGUCAAAAAAUCAAUACUAAAAUUGGAGGUAUCAAUGGUAUCAUAAAUCUCAAAACAGCUCUUAAUCAAGCAUCGAAUAACGAUCGUUUCAUGUUUUUCGGUGUUGACGUCACUCAUACUACUUCUUCAAAAGAAAGACCAUCCGUUGCUGCGAUUGUUGGAUCAUGCGAUCCGUCCUGUAAUCGUUAUGCAGCUCGUAUCUGUGAACAAUAUCCGAAGAAAAAUCGUUGUUCUAUUGAAAUUAUCAAAGAUAUGGACAAGAUGGUUACAGAAUUGCUUCAAGUCUUUGCUCUUUCAUGCGGCAACACAUUACCAAAUCGAAUCGUUGUUUAUCGUGACGGUGUCGAUGAUGGACAAUUUCAAAAAGUACUUGACAAUGAAGUCAACAAAAUAAAAUCUGCUUUUCAAGUUGUCUAUGGAAAAAAUCCAAUGCCUCGUUUAACAUUUAUCGUAGUUAAAAAACGACAUAAUACACGUUUUUUUGCCUAUGAUGACCAGCGAACCAAUAAUAUUGAAGCAGGCACAGUUAUUGAUGUUGAUAUAACACAUCCGUCUCAAUUUGAUUUCUAUUUAUGUUCGCAAGCUGCGAUUAUGGGAACAUCACGUCCAGCACUUUAUCAUGUACUUCAUGAUGAGAAUGAUUUUAGUAGUAAUGAUAUUCAACAAUUAACUUAUUGGCUUUGUCAUACAGAUGCUCGAUGUUCGAAAUCUGUUUCGAUUCCAGCUCCAGUGCAUUAUGCUCAUUUAGCUGCUUAUGCUUCAGCUGCAUAUGACUUCGACCAAAAUGAUGAUGAAGUUCAAGAAAUUGAGGAUGAUGAAAAUACAUCGGAAGAAAUGACGCUUGAAGAUAUUAAAACAAAAGUAAUGGUACUGAAUAGUAAAAUACAAGAUACAAUGUGGUUCGUUUAA